AUGUCCAAUCUAUGUAGAGGAUGGAGCGUGUCUACUAACCAUUCUUCUGAUGAUGAUGGUCGGAUAAUCCUCAUCUGGCGUGAUCCUGUUAAAGUGGUGACUCUUGCCCAGUCAAGACAAAUGAUGACCUGUGAAAUAACUAUCCCGAAUUCUCUGCCUAUAGUCUACACUGCCAUCUAUGCUUCGAACCUUGGUGAAGAGCGUACUGACCUGUGGGUGGAAUUAAUGAAUCUGCAUACAUCUCUGAUGUUGGAUACUAAGCCUUGGAUGAUAGGAGGAGAUUUCAACCAAAUUCUUUUCUCCUGUGAGCACUCUUUGAACAUCGAUAAUCACAGCCCAUCCCAAAUGUACGGAUUUAGAGACUGUCUGCUCCAACUUGGAGCUUUUGACCUCAGAUUCCAAGGGCCUCUCUUCACCUGGUCCAACAAGCAGCCUGAUCAACCUAUUGCAAAAAAACUAGACAGUCAGCUUGUAAACAAUCAUGUCAUCUCAGCCUUUCCUCAUGUAUGUUCCCUCCAAAAUCCAACGACUGAGACGUUUGAAGAAGAGCGAAUCGUCCACCAAAAAUGGUUGUUUCUGCGAGACCUGGAGGAGUGUUAUUUUAGGCAAAAAUCAAGAAUCAACUGGCUCAAAGAAGGAGACCUAAACACAACAUACUUUCAGAGGAUUUGUCAGACCCGUGCUAGUUACAAUGCGAUACGUUCAUUCCUCACACUGGCGGGUGUUACCAUCACAGACCCUAUCCAAAUGAGCAUUCACGCCAUCCAGCAUUUUCAGUCUGUUCUCGGCCCCCUUCUUCUUCCUCCUCCAGCCAUAUCGUCCACCACUGUCUGGUUCCAAGCGCUUAACACUUUUGUCUGCAACCUGCAACAACAGACCUUGAUGAUCCAACAACCUACUACAGAAGAGAUCACAAAGGUUUUCUUCAAAUUGAACCCAAACAAGGCACCGAGGCCUGAUGGACUCUCUUCAGCUUUUUACAAAGCUUCGUGGGGAUUCUUGGGGUCUGAAGUUGUUAUCUCGAUUAAGCAAUUCUUUCAAUCAGCUUUCCUCCCCAGAGCAACAAAUUCUACAAUCCUGUCACUAGUACCUAAGUUCCCGGGAGCAACAACUAUCAAGGACUACCGCCCAAUCUCUUGCUUAAACAAUACCUAUAAAGUCAUCUCCAGACUUCUCGUUUCUAGACUAAAGCCUAUCCUAUCUGAUCUCAUUGUCCCAAACCAAACGGCAUUUGUCAAAGGAAGACUCCUAGUUGAGAACAAUGUCCUUGCAAGUGAGCUAGUAAAUGGAUAUCAUAAAAACAAAGGGGAGAAGAGAAUUACCAUCAAGGUCGACAUAGCAAAGGCCUUUGACACUCUGUCAUGGGAUUUCUUGUUCGCCUGUUUGGAAGGACUUCAGCUACCGGAUUUGUUUCGACAGUGGCUAAGGGCGUGUGUCUGCACAUCAAGCUUUACACUAGGUUAUAAUGGAACUGUGAAUGGCUAUUUUAAAGGGAGAAGGGGCUUGAGACAGGGUGACCCAAUGUCUCCUUACCUUUUUGUAAUGGCUAUGAAUAACCUCUCACUGAUGUUGAACAAAGCGGCAAGAGAAGGGAACUUGAACUACCAUCAGCAUUGCGCAAAAACGAAACUAACACAUCUAUCUUUUGCAGAUGAUUUGUUAAUCUUCAUUGAUGGUUCCUUAACUUCUGUCCAGAGGGUACUUCAAAUCCUCCAUGAGUUCGAGCAACGUUCAGGCCUAGCAGUAAGCCUACAGAAGUCGAGUUUCUUUGCUUCAGGACUGUCGGCUGAAGAGAUCACAGCUAUACAAUGUUCCACGGGAAUGCCUUGUGGAUCACUGCCAAUGAGGUAUCUUGGUGUCCCCCUCUGUACAAAGAAGCUAUCGCUCUCCAACUGCGAGCCAUUAAUCCAGCAGGUGAAGGCUCGGGUUUCAUCAUGGUCAGCAAAAUCACUCUCUUUUGCAGGUCGCCUGUUGUUGAUCAAGACUGUAAUCUCAGGCAUUGCAACCUUUUGGUGCUCCACUUUCAUCCUACCAAAAUCAUGCAUCAAAAGAAUUAACACCAUAUGUGGAAUGUUUCUUUGGAAGGGAUCCACAGAGGGGCAUCACACAACAAGGGUAGCUUGGGAGACUGUGACAAAGACUAAAGAGCAGGGAGGACUGGGAGUAAAAGACUUACUGACAUGGAAUAAGGCUUGUGCCCUUAAACUGAUUUGGCUUAUGUUUUUUCGAGCUGGUUCCAUUUGGGUGGCGUGGUUCAAAGAUAUUGUCUUGAAGGGGCCUGAAACGAACUACUGGAGUGUUAAACCAAGCCAAAGGAACUCAUGGUUUGUAAACAAAUUGAUCAAGUGGAGAGAUAUCAUUUACCCGAUGAUCAAGAGGCGUUUGGGGAACGGGAUGUCAACACGCUUCUGGUAUGACAAUUGGUCACCUUUUGGGCAACUGGAUUCCUAUCUCAAGCCAUCAACUUCUAGAUUGAGAAUCUCCAAAAACGAAACUCUAUCCAACCUGUAUCAAGGAGGCAACUGGUUAAUACCUCCUGCAAGGUCAGAUACUCAACUCAUGCUUCAAAUUCACCUGACAACUACAGCCCUAACUACAGAUGAUGAUUACUAUGAAUGGGAGAUGGAAGGAAAGGUAACUGAAUCUUACUCUAUGGGUGGUAUGUAUAUGUAUCUGUGUGAGGAUACAGGCUCGGUUCCUUGGGAAAAAGUGGUAUGGUCUCCCUUUGGAAUACCAAGACAUGACUUCUUGGCUUGGCUUGUUGUCCUAGAUAGAUGCCCAACCAGAGACAGACUUCUCAGCUGGGGCUUGACUGUGAACCCGCUAUGCCUCCUCUGUAACUCAGAGAAUGAAUCAAGAGAUCAUCUUUUUUUCAACUGCGAUUACACUCAUGCUCUCUGGUCUGGAAUUGCCCAGCGAUGUAACCUGCUUGCACUUCAUUCCUGGAAUGAUACUCUUACGCAACUGCAGGGUCUCUCUGCGAACCGUUCUAUCAGGCGUUUGACUCUCAUGGCGGUAAAGGCCACCAUUUACUGGAUAUGGAAUGAACGCAACAGCAGACUUCAUAGAGGUAUCUUCAGAGACAAGGAUUCCUUAUUCCUGACCAUAGACAGGCAGAUCAGAAACAGGAUAUCGUCGCUUCGAGUUUCUCAUCCGACGAUUUCAUCUACUAUGAUGCAGUGCUGGCUGACGAUUGGGUAG